UCUAGUGGGCGUCACAUCGUUGCGUCGUCUCCUGUCAGCCGAAGUUACUCUGAAGCCAGAAACGCCACUUUACUGAAAUAAUGGUGUACACGAGUCUUAAAAGAGGAUUCAAGAACAAGGAUAAUAUUUGCACCGUAAUGCCAAAAAUGGUUUCAACUGGGGAUUCAAAAGAUGCGUCAAAGACAUCACAGAGCAAUGGACAUCACACAUUACAGAUAUUUCAUUGUUUAACGACCCUCGUAUGCUUUAUGUUGUCGGCGUCUUCGGUGGCAGUUUGUCUGCUUAUGAACGUCAAAACAUCUCAUCUUGAGCGUAAAAUUGAGGUUCUAGAGAUGGAGCGACUGUCAGUGAUUCAACCUGUGCCUGCGACUUUUCGGGAUGCGAUAGAGAAACUUGUGCAAGAGAGACUAAAAGAGGGAGUGUCGAAAAUUCGCACAGCUCGAGAAGCAGCGCAAGACUGCUCGUGUCCUCCAGGUCCUCCAGGAAAACGUGGAAGAAAAGGCAACCCUGGAAUUCCAGGCCCUCCAGGACGAGAUGGCUACCCGGGUCCAGUGGGUAUGGAUGGUAAGCCUGGACAUCCAGGUCCAAACGGCAGUCAGGGAAUGCCGGGACCAAAAGGAGAUAAGGGUGACCAGGGAGACAUGGGUCCCAGGGGACCACCGGCCUACACUGCCUCUGCAGGCCUGCUCAGUAAUCAGAUUCUCACGGUUAAGGGUGAUCAAGGUCAGGCUGGGCCCCCAGGACCUCCAGGAACACCUGGUCCCAGAGGGCCUCCAGGAAACACAGGCAGAGAUGGGCCGCAGGGCCACCCAGGAGAGCCGGGUCCUCCUGGAAAAGAUGGAUAUGAGGGACCAAGAGGGCCACCUGGCAUAGAGGGUAUGAAUGGUGUCAAUGGCAUGCCUGGCCCACAGGGCCCUGUAGGGGACAAGGGGGAUAAGGGUGCACCAGGUACUGAAGGGAAGAGAGGGACUGAUGGAUCCCCUGGCAUGAAGGGUGAAAAGGGGGAUGGUGGAGAUCCAGGACCCCAGGGAGGAGCUACUGGCUUCAUAGAAAAUGCUGAUCUGGAUGUUAGACUCAAAGCUCUACAGGGGCCUCCAGGACCUCCAGGAGAGCAAGGGCCAAAAGGAGAAAUGGGCUUAGCUGGGGCACCAGGACCUGAAGGAAAGCAGGGCCAUAAGGGAGAGAGAGGUGAUGCAGGAGAGCCUGGAGCAGCAGGAGCAAAAGGGGAAAAGGGGGAAAUUGGACUGAUAGGGCCUUCAGGCGAAGCAGGGCAAAAGGGAGAUAAAGGAGACUCUAGGCUUGAGGACAAUCUGGCCCAGAUUAUCUCUUUGCCUGGCCCGCCAGGGCCACCUGGACCUGCCGGAUAUCAUGGAUUGCCUGGACCCAAGGGAGAGCCUGGUGAGGCAGUUAAAGGAGAAAAGGGCGAUGCUGGAGAGAAAGGUCCACCUGGGCAACGGGGUCUUCAAGGCUUUCCAGGGUCUAAUGGCUUGGUAGGCCUGCCAGGUGCAAAAGGUGAAAAGGGGAAACAAGGUGAACCAGGUUUAGAUGGUUUCCCAGGGCUUCAAGGAGAAAAGGGGGACAGAGGAGACAAGGGGGAGAAGGGUGACAGAGGUUCAAUAGGAAAAAAAGGUCUGAAAGGACAGAAGGGAGAGCAGGGACCUCCAGGGCUUGAUCAGCCUUGUCCUGUGGGGCGUGAUGGGCUGCCCAUACCAGGAUGCUGGCAUAAGUAAUGACUAACCUGGAGCAUGGAGUUUGUACAUAUUGAUAUAUAUUUUGCAAGUAACAUUUGCUUUUUCUCCCAAUUUUUUUGUCAUUUCUUAUUUAAUAAAUUGGGUUUUCAUAUGGGAGCCCCUGCAAAAUAAUGUCUGUAUCGCUGCAUUAACAAAGAGAGGCUCUCCACUGCCACAAUAACAAGUGUAGAAAAGCAAUGAAGUGAGCAUCAUAGGUGCUGAGACCGUACUGAUAUUGAGAAGA